AUGGAGUCCACACGAAAUGCAGUCAGAUCAUUCCGUGCGUCAACAGCAUUCAUCACAUUCGCGAUCUCAUACGCAAUCUUCACAGACCAAUUCCUCUUCGCGGCGAUCAUACCUGUCUACCCUUACAGCCUCGAAGAACGCGUUGGAGUCUCAAAAGACCAAGUACAAUUCUGGAUAGCCAUUCUGCUAGGCGUUUUUGGGCUCGCCAGCGUUGUCACAUCGUUACCAUGGGGCUGGUACACUGAUCGAACGAAAUCUCGCCGUGUGCCAUUCAUGGUCGGUCUUCUGGUUCUGCUUGGUUCGACUUUGAUACUCUGGUUCGCUCGCACUGUUGCUGGCCACGUCGUAGGACGAGCUCUACAAGGUCUUGCGUCUGUCGUGGUCUGGACAAGUGGUUUGGCUGUGAUGGUCGAUACCGUCGGAAAAGAACACAUUGGCGAAUACGUCGGAUAUAUUGGCAUCGGCUUGAAUGCUGGAAGUCUCAUCGCACCCUUCCUUGGAGGAAUCGUCUUCGCCAAAUGCGGCUAUCACGCCGUCUUCGGCUUGAUCAUCUCCAUCGUCGUCCUCGACAUCAUCUUCCGACUCGUCAUGAUCGAGAAGAGAUUUCGUCCCGAUCCAGAGUUCUCUCUUUCAACGACACCCUGCGACAUCACCCUCGAACUCGGCCACUCUGGCCAACUCCCCAGCGAGAAGAAAUCCGCCCAAAUUGCCAUCGACCAACUCAGCCUCUCCUCCCAAUUAACUCUCGUCCCCCACCCACAAACCAACGCAACCACAACACCAAAUAAGACCUCCUCCAUCCCCCCAAUCUUCCGCCUCCUCGCCUCAAUGCGCUUCCUCACAUCCCUCUGGGGAAUCUUCAUCCUCGCCACAGUCUUCUCCGGCUUCCAAGCAACCCUCCCCCUCUUCGUCCACACAACCUUCUCCUGGACCUCCAUCGGCUCCGGUCUAAUCUUCAUCCCCUUAUCCCUCCCUUCCUUAUUCGGACCCUACAUCGGCUCCCUCUGCGACCGCCACGCGAAUUCUUCGAGAUGGUUCGCUGUAGCGGGAUAUAUGACUUUUUGCGGAAGUUUAGUUUCUCUUCGAUUCGUGGAGAAGAACACUAUGGCUCAUAAAAUCAUGCUUUGUGCGCUAUUGUGUUGCGUGGGGAGUUGUAUGGCUUUGAUUUUGGAGCCUUUGUUCAAAGAAGUUACGGAACGUGCGGAGAGGUUGGAGAAGGCAGACGGUAUUGCGAAAGCAGCGAGUGACGACGCGAAAGCUGGAGAUUCAGAGACUUCGCCAGGUUAUUAUGGCUCCGCAUACGCUUGGUUCAACAUCGCGUGGUCAUUUGGGAAUUUCGUUGGACCGUUGAUGGCGGGGAUGAUUAUGGAUCAUGCGGGCUGGAAGACGAUGACUUGGGCUUUGGGACUAUUGGGAGGAGUCAGUGCUAUUCCUAUUGGGUUGUGGUGUGGUGGAUGGUACUUUGCUUCUCCGUCUAACGACGAGAAGGAGUAA